CGCAAGCAAAAGGGGCGUUCCCCUUGCGGGUCACAUGACGCUCGAUCUCCUUUCCCGUUGCCUGGCAACACGGAGGAAGCGUCACUGCCUGUGGUCCGGGCCUGUGUGUGACCGUCGGGCGGAUGGAGCAGUACAGUUUGCUCGGUCGGAUCGGGGAAGGGGCUCACGGGAUCGUGUUCAAGGCCAAACACAUCGAGACAGGAGAAGCUGUGGCCUUGAAAAAAGUGGCUCUGCGGAAACUAGAAGAAGGCAUCCCAAACCAGGCCCUGCGGGAGAUCAAGGCCCUGCGGGAGAUCGAAGACAAUCCAUACGUAGUUAAGCUGAGGGAGGUGUUCCCACAUGGCACGGGAUUCGUCCUGGUCUUUGAGUACAUGCUCUCAGACCUCUCCGAAGUCAUCAGGAACUCCGACCAACCCCUCACGGAAGCCCAGGUCAAAGGUUACAUGAUGAUGUUAUUGAAAGGAGUCAAGUUCUGCCAUGAAAACUCCAUCAUGCAUCGGGACCUCAAACCAGCAAAUCUUCUCAUCAGCUCCACCGGGCUUCUCAAGAUUGCAGAUUUCGGCCUAGCGAGAGUCUUUUCUAAUGACAGGGGACGCCUGUACAGUCAUCAAGUGGCCACCAGAUGGUACCGAGCGCCUGAGCUGCUUUAUGGAGCUCGCAAAUAUGACGAGGGAGUCGAUCUGUGGGCUGUGGGCUGUAUUUUUGGGGAACUCCUGAACAGUUCUCCCCUCUUCCCCGGAGAAAAUGACAUUGAGCAGCUGUGCUGUGUACUCCGAACUCUGGGGACGCCUACUGCAAAGACCUGGCCGGAAAUCACAGAACUUCCAGAUUAUAAUAAGAUUUCAUUCAAAGAACACCGCCCUCUCCCUCCGGAACGCAUCGUCCCAGACACCUCGCCCGAGGCUCUGCAGCUCCUUAUGCGUUUCCUGGUGUAUCCAUCCAGCCAGAGGAUUCGAGCAACGGAGGCUCUUCUCCAUCCUUAUUUCUUUCGGGAGCCCCUUCCUGCUCAUCAUUCGGAGCUGCCUAUUCCCCAAAGGGGGGGAAGAAGAAGCAGACAACUUCAGAGAGAGUUUCACACGGAAGAACCUGUAUCCGACAGCCUGCUAGACCCCGCGCUCUUGACCGACUACCUCCAUGGUCUCUGACUGCAGUUUAGGCCUUUCCUACUGAGGACACUUAUAUUUAAGACUUUAUUGUAGGUAGGUAGGGGGCGGUGGGGGGGGGGAUCUCUGAGAACUUCACAACUUUUUGGUUGAAAUAGGGCAGUGUUUCUUAACCAGUGCGCCUCCAGC